GUUAGUAGUGAUUUCCUUUAGAGCCCAGCCUUAUCUCGAGCUGCACGUUGGCUGUUGGUGACUAAUAACACAAUAACAUUGUCUGGGGCUGGAAUAAAGUUGGAGCUGUUUACCCCCACUCUAUAGGGGUUCGAUAUAAAAGCCGGCCGGGAGCUGUCGGAGUCAGACGCGCUGGUGCAUCUGCUCCCGAGCGAACACCGAGAGGGUCCUCGGGUCUGCGCCGCGAUCGGUCCCCGCACGCCGCGCCGCGCUGCGCUCGCCUGCAGCUAGCUCGCGCUGCCUUCGCUGCGGGCAGACAGGACUUCGAAUCCCGGUUAAAGGCUCUUACGCUGAAGGAUCACUUUGAGAUCUGAAGAACCAGAAGCGCUUCGAAGGGAACUGAAGCCGUUUUUUUUUUUCCUUUGGGCUCAGUUUGCAGGGGAGGUUUUUGGAUCUUUUUUAUUUUCCCCCUCCCCAGCAUGGAUUAUUUCCCCGUGAUUUUCUCGCUGCUGUUUGUGGCUUUCCAGGGAGUUCCAGAAGCAGCGGUUCUGGGCGCCGAGCUCAGCACAGGGCCUGACGACCCAGGGGAGAACCCCCCUCCCAGCCCAUCCCAGCGCCGGUGCAAGCGCUGCUCCUGCUCGUCGUUGAUGGAUAAAGAAUGUGUCUACUUCUGCCACCUGGACAUCAUCUGGGUCAACACUCCCGAGCACGUUGCCCCAUAUGGACUUGGAAGCCCAUAUAGGUCCAAGCGAUCCUUAAAGGACUUAUUUAUUACGAAGGCAGCGUAUCGCAAGAGCAGGUGCCAGUGUGCCAGCCCAAAAGACAAGACGUGCUGGAAUUUUUGCCAAGCAGGAAAAGAACUCAGGGUCCAAGAGGCGAUGGAGAAAGGUUGGAAUAACCAUAAGAAAGGAAAAGACUGUCUUAAGCUAGGAAAGAAGUGUAUUCGUCAGCAGAUAAUGGAAGGAAGAAAAAUAAGAAGGUUGGAGGCCAUCAACAACAACAUCAGAACAGCUUUCCGUGCUGCAAAGUUAAAAGCUGAGCUUUAUAAAGAGCAGAAAGUGACCCACAACCGAACACACUGAUGGCAGGUCGGAUGGGCCUGUCUGAAGCCAUCAUGCCCUAGAGAGAGCCCCGGAACCGACGCUGCACAUGGGAUGGGAUCAGAGCAGCAGAACCCUAUCUGCUUACACCAUUUCUUGCUCCAAAUGGCUCAGGACCAGAGCCCUUCUUCUGAACAUUCCAAGAAAGAUUAGGGAGUCCCCCCCCCCAAGGUGUCUUCCUUUGCCUCCAUCUGUGGUAACUGCUUUUGUCUCUUCUUCCAUUUGGGGACAACCAUGGACCUCUCGGAAAGUAGAGACACAGGGACAUCGAAUCACGGUGGCAUUCCCCAGUGAAAGAAAGGAGAUUCCACGUAAGGGUGGAGUUUCUGAAGAAGGUCCUAAGGGAGUGUUUGUGUCUGACUCAGGCGCCUGGCACAUUUCAGGGAGAAACUCCAAAGUCCACGCAAAGAUUUUCUACGGAAUGCACAAAUUGAAAGCACACGCAGAGGACAAACACUUCAGUGACCAAAAAAAAGGGGAAAAAAAAAACUUUAAAAAAAUUUCACACAAUGCAAAAUUGAAAGAAACCAUUACUACUGUAAGUCUGUCAGAUUACAUUUCCUGCCUAGGAGUCUACCUCACCUAUACUGCACGUGGGCAAGUCUUUCCCACCUUUAAUUAUUAUCUUCCCAAACCCUGCCCCAACCUGGCACCCCUAUCUCCCAAAUCCCCAUGCUAAAUCCUAGCCUCAUAGAAGUCUGGUCUAUGCAUAAGUGGUAGAUAGAACAUUUUUGUGGUAAUCUACUAGCUCUGGUCCAUAAGAAAAAAAAAAAAAUCAUUGAAUCAGGAGAUUCCCUUACCUUCAUUUUUGAAAACACAAUGGUAUAGGGUUGUUUGUGAGAGAUACUAAAGAGUAAAUAUUGGUUAUGCUUUAAAGCAGCAAAAGUACUUUCCUUAUGUAACCGGCUGAUGGAAGAGGUUGGAUUGAAUUGUGAUGUACUUAUUUUUUAUAGCUAUUUAUAGUCAAACAAUUUAUGCUUUAUAUUUACUGUGUUGAAUAUAUGUUUGGGCAGGCCAUAUUGGUCUAUGUAUUUUUUUAAAUGUAUUUCUGAAUGAAAUUGAGAAAAUGCUUUGUUUUGCCUAUCAAGGUAAUGACUUUAGAAAAUAAAUAUUUUUUC